UAAAUAACGUACAAAAUGAGCAAGAAAAUGUGGCACAAAAUAUUCAAAUCGAAGGCGCAAAAACAGCAGCAGCAAUUGAAUAAAAUCAAUAAGCGCCACAGUCGCGGCAUCUACGAGGAGUAUCAGCAAUUAAAUGACCUGCUCAAUGGUGAAAAAUCGCCAGUUUUGCGUUUUUGCAGUGAAAAUGAAAACGAAAACGGCAACAACAACAGCGGCAGCGGCAGCGGCAACAUCAAUGUGUUUGAGCAGCAGCCGCAGCAAAGUUCUUUCAACUCGGCGGCGCUUAGUGAGGCGCAACAGCAGCAGCAGCAGCAACCGUUGCCGCAGCAGCAGCAACAAUCGCAACAUCUAUCAACAUUUUCGCGCGUACGCAACACAUUCUCACUGCGACGCAACAACAACAACAACAACAGCAGUAGCAGCAGCAACAACAAGAAGCAAACACCCAAUGCCAAGUCAACUACAAUGGAACCUGACGGUGCGGAUGAUGAUAACGAGCCAGUAGGCCCACCACCGGGUCCACUGACCACGGGCAUGUCUGAGACUAUUCUGGAGCAGGGAACUAUUAGCACCGAUCUAACACCCUGUCCGAACUGCAGUCGCACCUUCAAUCUGAAUGCACUGCGCAAGCAUGUUGUCGUUUGCGAGAAGAUGACAACUAAAAAGCGUAAGAUAUUCGAUUCGUCACGGCAGCGUCGCGAGGGCACCUCUCUAUCCACGUAUGUGCUGCCCAAGAAUUUUGGUCUGCCCAAUGCUGAAAAGGCGCCGGGUGUGCAUACGCCACCCGCAGCCAGUCGCGAGGCUUCCACAAUGUCCAGCGGCUCGCAGCCCCAAGAGGCUUCACCAUUGCCGACACGCCGUAAAGCCAAAGCGGAUACGACACGCGCCUCCAUGCGCAAAGGUGCUGGGGCCACUGCAGCUGCUGCUGCUGAGCACCCACCGGCGGCGGCACCAGCUGCCCCAGCGGCAGCCGCCCCAACACGUUCCAUAGCCAAGCGCCUUAAGGACUCCGCCUCGGACCGUUGUCCGCAUUGUGAGCGCAGCUUCAAUCCAAAGGCGUACGAUCGCCACGUUGAGUGGUGCAAGGAGAAGGCAAUUCAGGCGAACAUCAAGUCCAACAGCACCACAGAGACAAACAAGGCCAAGGAGCGCAUGGAGGCGCGCAAGCAGUACCGCCCACCAAAUCUCAAAACCAAACGCUCGAUCAAUCGCGACAAGUACUCCGGUGCACAGGAAGAACAAUACGAGACUGAAAUGGUAUCCCCAAAGCAAAACCUAAUGUCGCUCUCCUCCAUGACGGCGUCCGUGCAGAGUGUUAACUCGCAGCGAGGUGCGCCACAAGCCAUGAAGGUGCAGCGCCCUGGAACCCCUCAAGGAGCACAGUGUUCACCACGCAAAUCCAAGGCAAGCUCAAGUUCAACAACAACGGUUGCCCAGAAUAAAGUUAGUGUGCGUAUGGCCGCCGAGGAGUCGAGCAUGGGCCAUCAGGAGCGUGCAUAUGUGAAUCCCAGGCGCAAACAGCACGAAACAUGCCAAGAAAUCGAUGUCGCCGUGCAGCGUUUGCGUCGAACCGCUACCUCGGAGACUUUACACCUGGCCAAAUUGGAGUGCGCGGAGGCCGCGCCCCUGCAGCCUGCCAGAUCGCGUAAAACUAUGUCCCAUCGCCAUAAGACCGAAGCGACCGAAUGCAUGGCCGGUCCACCCCAAGUCACAAUGACCUUUGAGGAGCUAAAUGGGUUGAUCAAGCGCAAAGGUGGCACAAACAUUUGCAACAUUAAAAUGGAUAUUGAGGAGCAGGAUUUGAAGGUAUCGCCCAAGAUACACUCUUCCACAGCGCUGGUGCGUCAAGCACGUCGCCGCAUUCGCACUCGUGAGAAUCCCAACAUUGACAUACGCUCCCUGGAGCCACCAAAGUCCUUAAGCGAAUUUGACCUAUCCUCCAAGGAGAUGGUUUUGUCCAACGUACAGCAGGGUCAUCGUGCUUUGCCAAGCCCGGCAGCGUUCCGUCACAUAUCAUCCAAUGAUUUGUACUCGGGCUCGGAGGACGAAAGAACUUCACCGCGUGGCGAGAUCCAAAUCAAGCUGGAGACGAGCACCAUUCAAACUGUAUGCCGUCCCAAGAAGCGCACCCAUCUGCCGGCCAUCAUGAACAGCUCGCAGCCAAUGCGCGCAGUGCCAAUGGCCGAGCUCAAGCAAAAUCUGGAGGCGUUGGGCCAAAACUUUCUGCCACACCUUGAACGAGGCAACGGAUUAAAGGGGCACUAUAAAGAGGAACAGGACGACGAUUUAGAUGAUGCCGAACUGGAUGAGCUAGACUACGAUGAGGCUGACAUGGAAGUGGGACAGCUACUAAACAAGGCAAAACUACUUGAAAGUGAAUACGAUGACGAAAUGGACGAUGGCGCGUCUAGCGAGGAGGAUCAGCAGCUGCAGCAGAAGAUGCUGGUCAAGCAGACAUCGAUGCGCAGAACACCAACCAAUGUUAGCCGACGUCUGGUGUUGCUGGAGCAGGAUGAGGAGGGCACCAUGUAUAUUAAAGCACCGCCAUCGCCAACCAAACGCCAACAAGCACGUUCGCCACCCAGAUCAGAUCGCACGCUCGUCAAGAGAUCCGAUUCAAAUGUGUCCAGUAGCGGUGGUUCAUACAAAUCGCCUCAGGCCAGCUGUGGCUCCUACAAGACAACACCAAAUAGCAGUGGAUCGUACAAAACACCGCCGAAUAGCAAUAGCUCAUACAAGACGCCUUUGACUAGCAGUGAUGAGAAACUGCAGCGCCAGCAGUCGAAUGCCUCCACCAGCAGCAGCAACAAUUGCCAUGCGGAGAAGGCCCAGAAGUCGGUGGAGGAGUCGCAGAAACGUGAAAUCUUUAUAAGCAUUGAAACGGAACCGAAUGCACAGGGGCGGUCGCCCAUCUCGCCGGAUUCGCUGCGUCACAUGGUGGGCAAUGCUCAGACACCCAUCGAUGUGCUCCACAUUGAGAACGGCAACGAGCCGGAGCAUGCCAAGUUCAGCAAGAUUAGCGAUAACGAGGAUCCGAUCGAUGCUGAGCUCGCUGAUGAGACUGGCCACGUUCGUUACAAGAAGAGGCUGAGCUCAACGGCGAGCACAGCAGCGACAUCGCCAUCGCCCAACGUGGAGGCGAACAAUGCCAAGAAUGUGAUAGAAAAGAUGCGCAACGAUUUCAAGCAACUGGGCGAGGAGGUGGGCGCCUCGGUGCGUCGUGAUAUCAUGCAGCGUCAGGAACAUGCCCAACAGAAGCAACAAAUGCAAGCACAACAGGAUCUAAAGGUAAUGACACCAUCGCCAUCAGGUGAUUCGGAUGAGUUGAGUAGCCUGGAUGGAUAUCCCAUGUCCUCAUCGCAGUCAUCACGUCGCGGCGCCAGUUCCAAGCUCAGCAACGACUCCGCUUACGGCAGCAGCAACUCACCAUAUAGUCUAUCCCGUCAACGCUCCAGCGAGCUGCAGUCCAACAACAACACGCCGCGCACUCAGAGCCAAUUGCGCCCGCACACAGCCAGUGGAGCCUUGUCCGGCAAGCAGUCCAUGAUGGAUGCCUCCACUCAAGCGGCAAGCAACUAUGGUACACUCAAGGCUCGCCAGCGCAUGUUUGCAGGCAACGGCCUAGGCGGCGACACUGGCGAUGGCAACGUUGAAUAUUCCAGCAGCAGCUCGGAGCACUCGCUACCUGUGACAGUGGCCCAGCAACCGCAACAGCAGCAGCAAAACACAAACUACAACUACCAGCAGCAGCAGCAGCAAUCUCAAGCGCAGGUAGCUUACAAUACCAACAACAACAACAACGACAACAAUAACUAUGAGCUUAACGCAAAGAAUUUAAGCAAAAACAAAAAUAGUGGUGUGGGUGUGAACUUAACGCCUACGACAUCGCAGCUUUCGCUGCAGAGCAACACCUCAAAUGUUUCCUCGGGCAUGAGCUCGAGCAUGAAAAUGUCCAAGUUCUGUCACGAAUGUGGCGCCAAGUUCGUCAUAGAGCACGCUAAAUUUUGUAUGGAUUGCGGCGUUAGACGCGUCGUGCUCUAAGCUCAAGGAACUAAUAUUUGUAGUUGUAGUAGUCGCGCACACACAAACAUACACACUCACAACAAUGAGCUGCGGCGUCGGAACUAACCUGUUGGCUGGCUUGGCAGAAACGGGUUGUGGGAACGAAGGAGGUUCUUAUACCAAAUGUAGUUAUUACAUGCAAACAAUUUUUGAGAGCUCGUUGAUAUAUGUAUACCCUAAAUGCAAUAUGCUACUUAAAUAUAUUUUAAUAAUAAUAAUAAUAAAAAAAAAACGUAAAGGUUUGAAAUCGAUCAAAAAAAUAUGCAAUAUAAUAUUAAUCAUAAAUAACAAGAAAAUUGGCAUUUUAUUUUUCCAAUAUUUCUUAAUUGUAAUUACGAAUGUAGUUUUCUUUUCUUUUAUUAAUGCAUAACAUUAAACACUUUUAACCAAGUUGUUAAAUAACAAAGACUGAACGAAUUUAAACGAAAAGCAUUGAAAGCACUCGAAAACAAAAUUAAACGAACUAUUAAAAUAAAAAUCGAACAUUUUUCGAAAUCUUAAGCAAA